GUGUUUCUUCACGGAGCCUGWAGUCCUCCCCUCCUGUCCUGAACGACGAAAACAGACGAUAAAGGACUGAUAACCACUUAAAGAAAACAAGUAAGAGGAACCGAAGUAGAAACCUCAGCUCAAAGUUAACCACACUCAGCUGCUCGGUCGAUAAUUGUGCGCUGGACUCAGCAAAGAGUGUCGGAUUCAAACUUCUCCAAAAAAAAAAAAAGAGAAAGAAAGAAAAGAAAAGGCGAGGACCUUCGGUCGGACAAGUUGGAACCACAAACAUACUCCUUGACUUCACCUGGGAAGAUUUAGGUGGGUUUCUGGCCCGUUUUUCUAACUACUCGUCUGGUGUGACGCGGGUCCCACAGUUCAGGAUGGGGAACAGCAGCAGCGAUCGCUCCAGCGGUGAGAGGACCUUCAGGGACGGACACCCCGGAGGGAAAGAAGCUCGUCCCAACAUCAUGAUGGACAGCACCGAGGACACAGACCUGUUCCACAGAGACGACCCAAAGGCUUCGCCGGACAUGCAGGAGUUUCUGGCGUGGCAACAGGACCUCGACUGCGAAAGUAAAAGCCCAGCGCAGGCCCGACCCACAGUGUUCAGAUGGACAGGUCCUGCUAAGGAGGUCUUUGUGUCUGGMUCUUUUAACAACUGGGCCACCAAGAUCCCCCUCAACAGAAGUCAGAAGAACUUUGUGGUUAUAGUGGAUCUGCCGGAGGGAGAGCACCAGUACAAGUUUUGUGUAGACGGUCAGUGGACUUUGGAUCCAGCUGGGUCAGUAACAACCUCUAAAACUGGAACAGUCAACAAUGUCAUCCAGGUGAAGAGAACUGACUUUGAAGUCUUUGAUGCCCUCAGGAUCGACUCGCAGGAUUCCACAGACCUGUCUGACUUGUCCAGUUCUCCACCUGGUCCCUACCAACAGGAUGGAUAUACAAUUAAACCAGAAGACAAGAUCAAGCAGCCUCCUUUCUUACCRCCCCACCUGCUCCAAGUGCUGCUCAACAAGGACACCGGUGUCUCUUGUGACCCGACGCUGCUGCCAGAGCCCAACCAUGUGAUGCUCAAUCACUUGUAUGCCCUCUCCAUCAAGGACGGGGUGAUGGUUCUCAGUGCGACACACCGAUACAAAAAGAAGUAUGUGACCACUCUUCUGUACAAGCCAGUAUAACCGACAGAGCCAUCUCAUUUUCAAAUGAAGGAGUGUUGUAUUAUACAGCUGCUAUUUGUCAUAUUUAGUGGAAACUGGACCAAAGUCUAUUUCUGAUACUUUAAACUUUUCUCCUGAACAUUUAUUUGUGUUUCUUUGUUGAAGUCAUGAUAGCUGUCAAAUAUGCAGGUUUUCAGUGUUUGUAAAUUUUUAUAUGCUUCUAACACAAUUUAUGCAUCAUUAAAAGAUUGUUUGAGGUGAUUAAUGUAA